UUAAUUGUUAUUGAACCAUUUAUUCCUUCAGCUCAUAAUUUACCUUUUCCAUAUACCGUAAGCGGCCUAAAUUAUUCCCGAGAAAUGUCACUUCCUGUCGUCUGCAGUUAUGGAAAAUGACUCCAAAAUGGUCACAUGGACUUUAUCAGAAAUAAUCAAACUAUUCACAAAGAUUUUCAACAAUGUACAGGAAUCACUUCAAGCAACAUGUGAAUUUUUACAGGCAAAAGGAUCAGAGUUGGUGGCGACAGGAGUUCCGUUUUUGUCUAAAGGAAAUACCCUGAUUAUCCUGGUUGUGUCCAUUCUCUUGUUUAAAAGUAUUUUUGCUUGGGUACAUUCAGGCAAGACAAGAAAGGAGAAGAUUAAAAGAACAGAUAACAGUGGAAAUAGAAUAACAAAACCUAGUGAUGACCUUUCUACCAACUGGAGUGUGUUUGAUUUAGCAAAGACAGCUUACGAGCCAGGUCAUGCACAGGCAGCAAUAAAUGUAAUAGAAAAACUUCAUUAUGAUGUUAACUCUGUGAUACCUUCAAAUGGUCUUACAUUGUUCCUGUGUGCUUGCUUAAGUGGUCAGAAAGGACUGAUAAAAUACAUGCUAGUAAAAGGGGCAGAUGUGACAAGAAGAACAAAAGCAGGUGACACUGCUCUAUAUUUAGCAACAUUUGGCAUACUAAGUACAAGUGAACCUGAUGUCACUGUCCUUGAGGAACUCAUUCAGUCGGGUUGUGAUGUGAAUUCUGCAAACUUGGCUGGGUACACACCAUUACAUAGAGCUGCUGGUCAUGGAAAUUUAAACGUUAUUCAAACUUUGUUGAAACAUGGAGCAGAUCCUUACCAAGCCAGUUGUACAGGAAUCUAUCCUAUUGACAGUGCUAUAAAUGCAGGUAAUCUACAUGCUGCUGAUCUUCUAAAAAUUAACCUACCAAAUCCAUAUGUGUGGGAUGUAGUUGAGCCACACACACCACCACACAUCAAACUGGGACUGCAGAGUCCACAGAGGAAGCAUCUUAUUGAAUCCACACGGAAAAUUAUGUCGCCUAGAAUUAUGUAAACAAAAUUAAGUGCCUCCAAGAAUCAAGGCUAUAUUAAGCAUUGAAAAUCAAAACUUGACAGUUAAAUCAAUUAAGGGAAAUUGUUUGUCACUUAAGAUCACUAUC